AUGGAAGCAUUUACCUUUGCGCUUUCCACGCAGGUGGACCUGCCUGUCUGCGUCAAGAUUGGCUCACUGGAGGGCAAACAGAAGCAAAUACCGUACUCGCGAUUACUCAAGAACCCGCAAUUACGACAUCUGGGAUCCGCCCAGAACCCUUCCUCCGAUCUCUUCGUCACAGUCCAGCUAUGGUCGGACUCGAAGCCCCUCGGCGUUCCAUUGCAGACUUCAUACAAAGCAUUUAAAACUAUCCGAGCAUGGAACGAAUGGCUGCAAAUGCCCAUGUCCAUCAAGGAUGCCCCGCUUAACUCUCAGCUUGCAAUCACGGUCUGGGAUUUGUCUCCGCUGGCAGGGGAUGAACCACAGGGUCAUGACGUGCCAUUCGGCGGAACCACUAUUCCUCUGUUCGACACCGAGGGCAAGUUGAAGAUAGGGCGGCAGAAGUGCAAGCUCUAUCGCCAUAAAGCUGCGGAUGGCUUCUCGUCAACUACUACUCCAUCUACGCCAACGCCAAAGAGGCAAAAGCAUAAUACUCGCGACGUGCUGGCCCUGUCGCCGGAAGAGAUGGAGUUGGAACGAAUCGAAGUCCUGAUCAAGAAACAUGAAAUAGGUGAAAUUACCCGGAUUGACUGGAUGGAUCAAAUGGUCUUUCGUCAGCUCGAGAAGCUGAAAAUGCAGGCCGAAGAGGCUGCUCGCCAACGAGCUAUUCAUAUGAAGACCUUGAAGCAGAAGACAGGUGACGCCGAGGACGAUAGUUCUGAAGAGGAGGAGAUAGAUGAUGAGAACUUUGUCCUCUAUGUGGACUUUCCUCGUUUUGAUCAUCCCAUCGUUUGGGCUGAUCACCAGUAUGCUCCGCCGCCCAUUUCGUCCUAUCCUCAGAGCGUACCAAUAAAUCCCAACUCAGCAUUGAAACCGGUUCCAGAAGUCCGUCUUGGCCCUGGAAUUGAAGGCGGUGAUGGUGCGGGAGUCAUCAAAAUCUACGAUGCAGAGGUUGGACAGCCUGGUAACCCGUGUGAAGACAAGCACCGUCGCUUGAUUCGCAGCCAUCGGACUGGGUUCAUGGAUCGGGACCUCAAGCCCAACCCCAAGAAUCGUGACGAACUGAAUGUGAUAUUGUCAUACGAGCCGACACAAGAUCUCACUGCCGAGGAGAAAGAUAUCGUCUGGAGAUUCAGGUAUUACUUGACGCGAGAAAAGAGAGCGCUCACCAAAUUCGUCAAAUCAGUCAACUGGCGCGACGAGGGAGAGUCUCGACAAGCAGUGGAUAUCUUGCCCAAAUGGACCGAGAUCGAUGUUGAUGAUGCUUUGGAACUUCUUGGGCCCACGUUCGAUAACCCGGCGGUUCGAUCGUAUGCUGUGGCAAGACUGCGCAAGGCAGAUGAUGAAGAGCUUCUUCUUUAUCUUUUGCAAUUGGUCCAAGCUUUGAAAUACGAAGAGCAUGCUGGAGACGACGCGGAUGAAGCCGCUCACGACUCUUCUCUAGCCAACUUCUUGAUUUCACGCGCCGCCAACAAUUUCAAGCUCGGGAACUAUAUGCAUUGGUACCUCAUGGUGGAGUGUGAUGACUCGGGUCCCGGUACGCUGUCAACGCAACGUCGACUCUUUGCCCGAGUCGAAUAUUAUUUCAUGACCGAGUUGGAGAAGGUCAACGCAGAAAAUCGGAAGAUACUUCUGCGUCAAGGUGAAUUGGUUGCUAUACUCUCGAAGAUUGCCAAAGAUAUUCGCUUCUCUCGAGAAACCCGACCCGUGAAGAUCGAGAAGCUGAAGAAAUCUCUUCGUGAUCCGAAGAACGAUCUCGUAAACAUCGAUCCGCCACUGCCUUUACCUUUGGAUCCGGACGUCAAGCUAGUCGGAUGUUACCCUGACGAAUCCAAUGUCUUUAAGUCGACGUUAUCCCCCCUUCAAAUUACCUUCAAAACGACCGACGGUCGGCGUUACCCUCUCCUGUUCAAAGUGGGCGACGAUCUUCGUCAGGAUCAACUGGUCAUCCAGAUCAUCAUCCUGAUGGAUCGACUCCUACAGAAAGAGAACCUGGAUUUGAAACUGACACCGUACCGGAUUCUUGCUACCAGUUCCACUGCCGGUGCUGUCCAAUUCAUCCCCUCAAUAUCCCUCUCUGCUGCAUCAGCCAAGUACAAAUCCAUCCUCGCGUACCUGAAAGAAAACAACCCAGACGACAACGAGCCACUCGGCGUCCGCAAGGAAACAAUGGAUACAUACAUCAAGUCCUGCGCCGGCUACUGCGUGAUUACCUACCUCCUCGGCGUCGGCGACCGCCACCUGGAAAACCUCCUCCUAGCACCAGACGGCCACUUCUUCCACGCUGACUUCGGCUUCAUCCUCGGACGCGACCCCAAGCCUUUCGCCCCGAUGAUGAAACUCUGCAAGGAAAUGGUCGAGGGCAUGGGCGGCACGACUUCACCCCAUUACCUACAGUUCAAGCAAUACUGCUACACCGCAUAUACCACCCUGCGCAAAUCCGCAAACCUGAUUCUGAAUCUGUUCAGUCUGAUGGUCGAUGCCAACAUCCCAGAUAUUAGAGUCGAGCCUGACAAGGCAGUGUUGAAGGUCAAAGAGCGGUUUCACUUGGAGAUGUCCGAGGAGGAAGCCAUUCGGCACUUCGAACAACUUAUCGGGGACAGUGUCAAUGCUAUAUUCGGUGUUGUUAUUGAUCGUCUCCAUGAGUUUGUGCAGGGAUGGAGGGCGUGA